UGAUGCGUAUUAGACAUUAAUUUGAAACAUAGUCUAUUAUUUACAGUAAACUAAUUUUUACAUAAUGUCAAGCAACAAGAGGGAACACAGUGAAAGUGAUAAUGAAGAAAAUUGGGUUGGACCAUUACCUUCAGAAGCUGUAUCUCAAAAAAAGCAGAAAGUUUUAGAAUAUGAACAGGUGUAUGUGGAUAAUUUACCAUGUUGUGAAUGUUAUGAAAAAUCUUAUAUGCACAGAGAUGUAAUCACUCAUAUUUUGGUAACAAAAUCAAAUUUUGUGAUAACAGCUAGUUGUGAUGGUCAUGUAAAAUUUUGGAAAAAACAAGAAGAACUCAUAGAAUUUGUAAAACAUUUUCGUGCACACUUGAUGGCUAUACAAUCUAUGGCUGCAAGUUGUGGUGGUGUUCAUGCAUGUUCAGUGAGUUUAGAUAAAACAAUAAAAAUUUUUGAUGUUAUCAAUUUUGAUAUGAUUAAUAUGAUAAAACUGGAUUUUGUACCACUUUGUUGCGAAUGGAUAUAUUCUCCUGGUGAUGCAAUAUCUGCCUUAGCAGUUUCUGCUCAAGAAUCAAAUAAAAUUUAUAUUUAUGAUGGACAAGGGACUGGUACACCAUCACAUGUGUUUGAAAAACUACAUACCAAGCCUGUUGUUGCUAUGAAAUACAAUCCAGUAUACGAAACGUGUAUCUCUGUAGAUAAAGCAGGGAUUUUAGAAUACUGGACAGGACCGAAAACGGAGUAUAGGUUUCCUAAAUGCGUCCUAUUUGAUUCCAAGCUGGAUACAGAUUUGUUUGAAUUUGCAAAAAAUAAAACUUAUCCAUGUGGUUUAGCGGUAUCACCAAAUGGCAAGAAAUUUGUUUCUCUGAGUGGAGAUAGAAAAGUUAGAGUUUUCAAUUUUCGAACAGGCAAACUAUAUAGGAUAUUUGAUGAAACGCUGCAAAGGUUCUCUGAAUUGCAACAAAUGACACAGCAAUUGCCAAACAUGGAAUUUGGACGGAGAAUGGCAGUAGAAAGAGAAUUGGAUAAGACAGAAACGAACUUGGGAAAUAUAGUUUUUGACGAAUCUGGUUAUAUGAUUUUAUAUAGUACAAUGUUAGGUGUAAAACUUGUAAAUCUAUACACAAAUCGGUGUAUUAGAAUUAUGGGAAAACCUGAGAAUAUUCGUCCUAUGCAAUUAGCUCUAUUUCAGGGAAAAGCAAGGAAAACCACAGCAGCUGUAACCGUAGAAAUGGAGGCUGCGGAAAAUCCAACGUUAGAAAUGAACCGUCCUGAUCCAACUCUCUUUUGUACAGCUUACAAGAAGAACAGAUUUUAUAUGUUUACGAGAAGAGAACCAGAAGACACUAAAAGUCAAGAAUGCGAUAGGGAUGUUUUCAAUGAAAGACCAUCGAAAGAAGAUAUUAUUUCUUCCACAGAAGCUACUAAUGUACAAAAGAUUUAUGACACAGCGAUUAUUCAUACGGCUCUUGGUGAUAUUCAUGUGAAUCUAUUUGGCAAAGAUGUUCCGAAAACCGUGGAGAAUUUCUGUGUUCAUUCAAAGAAUGGUUAUUACAAUGGACAUAUAUUCCAUAGAGUAAUUAAAGGGUUUAUGAUUCAAACCGGUGAUCCCACUGGAACUGGUACCGGUGGAGAAAGUAUAUGGGGAGGUGAAUUUGAAGAUGAGUUUAGGCCAAGUUUAAGACAUGACAGACCAUACACUUUAAGUAUGGCCAACGCUGGGCCAAAUACAAAUGGAAGUCAAUUCUUUAUUACAUUAACACCAACUCCUUGGUUGGAUAAUAAACAUAGCGUAUUUGGUAGAGUGGUAAAAGGAAUGGAGGUUGUACAAAAUAUUAGUCAAGUGAAAACGAAUCCGAAAACCGAUAAACCUUACGAUGACAUAAGAAUAGUUAGUGUUACUGUGAAAUAA